UAUUUAAUCUAUAUUUCAGAUAAUAUGUUAGAAGAAGUUUAAAAGAAGCUGAAAUUAUAUUGUGAAGAAACCAAAAAAAAAAUAAUUCAAAAUGAGGAUCACAACUUGCUUAAACAAUUUGAACAAACUUUUGGACUUGAAAUCUUUGAAACUUUUGGAUCAUUAUUCUCAGUUUAAUCCUAGUCCUCUUUCAAUCAAACAGUUUAUGGAGUUUGGACGGAGUGCAACUGAACCUGAAUCCUUUCUCUUCCUUCGGAAAGAGAUCCCCGUCCGACUCUCAAACAUAAUGAAGGAAAUCAACCUUCUCCCGGGAAACCUUCUUCAGAUGCCAUCAGUUCUAAUAUUACAGGACUGGUAUGCGCAGAGCUUCCGUGAUAUUAGUAGUUUUGAAUCCCGGGAACCGAACCUAGAAACCCUAGAGGAGUUUUGUACUAUGCUAAAAACAGUUCAAGCAAGACAUACAAAUGUUGUUCAGACGAUGGCUCAGGGUGUUCUAGAACUCAAGGAAUCCCACCUAGUCGACAAUCAGACAGAUAUGGCUAUUCAGUACUUUCUAGAUAGAUUCUAUAUGUCAAGAAUAUCAAUCCGAAUGCUGAUUCACCAACACACACUACUGUUUGAAGAGAACGCAGAUAAAGAUACAAAAAGAGUCGGGAUUAUAGAUCCAACCUGUAAGGUAAAAUCUGUGAUAAUGGAGGCAUUCACUAACGCAGCUUUUCUGUGCGAGGAAUAUUAUACAAUUGCUCCAGAGAUUGAAAUUAAAGGUCUGACCAAGAUGGUGAAUGAAAAGGGAAAGAAGGUUGCCCUGUCUCUUUGUUAUCCUCCUCCCCACCUUUACCACAUCCUAUUCGAGCUUUUUAAAAACUCGAUGCGAGCCACAGUUGAAACACAUGGAACAAAAUCCGAGCUUCCUACGGUAGAAGUGCUAGUGGCUAAAGGAGAACAUGAUGUCAGUAUACGAGUUAGUGAUCAGGGUGGAGGUAUACCCCGGCAUAUCACUGAUCAUCUAUUCCACUACCUAUUUUCCACUGCUCCUAGACCAAGUAUGACUCCAUCUAAAGCUCCAUUAGCUGGCUACGGAUAUGGACUUCCACUUUCAAGACUAUAUGCAAGAUAUUUUCAUGGUGAUCUGAUCCUGAAUUCAUAUGACGGAUACGGAACAGAUGCUGUCGUGUACCUGAAAGCUUUGACCCAUGAAGCUAACGAGCUGCUACCUGUGUUCAACAAGACUAGCACAAAGCAGUACAAGACAGCUGUUCCAACCGCAGACUGGACCGACCCGUCGUAUUGUGUUUCCAGAGGUUCCAAAUCCCUGAGUUCUAAACUAAAAGAAAAUCUGUCUGAGGAGUACAAACUGUCAAGGUCUGGAGAUCAGUAAACAAUACGCUGAUGGAUAUUGGAUAUAUAGAGUUAAAUAUUCGUCCUUUGCGGGAUAAAAAAUAUUCUCCCUUUGCGGGAUAAAAAUAUCCACCCUUUGCAGGGUAAAAUUGUUCACAUUUGCGGGAUAGAUAGUGAAGUUUCAAUCUAUGAAGAUAUUUUAGAUUUAAAGUUCCAAAGAUCAAUGAUCAAGCUUAAUUUCAGAUCAGUAGCAGCCUAUGCUCAACCCAAAAUCAAAGGGUUCGGAUCAGUUCAAGAAAACAAUUAGCUUUGAUCCCAUUUUGAUUGUUUUUUGUUCGUUUAGCCUCAACAGUCUAGAAGUGGAGUCCUAAAUUCCAAGAAUCCCGCAUUUUUUCUCAAAGUAAAUUUAAGAUAUUUACAACACUUCAAUGGCAUUAUGUUCUAGAUAUUCAUUAUUAUUAUAUCAUAUCUUAAAUCAUCUAAUUAACUUAUAUCUUUAAAAUUUACAUGAUAGUUAAUAACUUCAUAGAGCACCUAUCUAGAAAUAUGUAAAUUAAAAAGUUUAGUUAGUUUUCUUAGAACAAUUAUAGAUGAAACCUAUUUCCAAAAUGGGUGUCCUGUAGUCAAUUGUACAUAAUACUUAACACAGACGGACGGAACCGAAACCCAUUCAGUUUGAGAUUUUAGUUCACUAUUCAAAAAAGUAUGAGUAACGUUAAUCGUACAUUAUCAACUUUACCAACACUCGGUUUCAAAAAUAUAAAAAGGAAUUCUAUUUUUUUAUCUUAAAAAUGUUAAGGAAGGGUUAAAUUAUUCAUUUUUUGCAAAUCUUUUCUUAUUAUUAGUUUAAACUUUUAGGUGAAGAAAAUCUGUGAACUUAUUUUUUGGGAAAAUCCAUUAGUCGCAAAAAAAACCUACGAACCCUCGUAAUUGUUAUCUAGACUUUAAAUUCUAAAAAUUAUUUUCUAGAAGAAUUUAUUUAACUUAUUGUACCAAAGAAUGGAAAGGGUUACUUCCUAUUGUACUACUUUUAAAAGUACACAUUAUGCAUGUGCUCAAAGUACAUCGUUAUUUCAAGAGGGGCAUACACAGUACGGAGUUUAACACUAUUUUGGUAUCUCUUAUUGUCAACAUCCGUAUAUAUAAAUAUUUAGAUUUAAUAAAUAUUAAAAAAAAA